AUGGGGACAUCUGUGUUUGCUGCUGGUUCAGCCAAAAGAAGGUCUCUCGGGAUUAAAGAUGAAGAGCCUCGAUCAACGAAGCAGGGUUUUACCCCUUUAAAUACCAUGCCUCUGACUUUACCCACUGAGCCACUGGGAUCCGAUGGCUGGAGCCAGCUGAAAGAAAAAUCUAAUUGCCAGACCAGGUACGAAGAUCGAGUGCUUGAAGGGAUGCUUAAAAUGAACACCGAUCUCGAAAUUGCCAAAUCUUUUUUGUCUUUCGUAGCAGAAAAAGAUGGUGACAUCAGCUAUCGGUUUCUUGUGAAGUACCUGGUGUUGUGUGUACAGCAGAAUCAGGGAGCAGAGGUUUGUGAUGUGUAUGACAUCAUGAGGAUGAAAUUUCAGUCUUUUGAUACCGGGGCCAGUAGUUUGUUCAUUAGGGGUUUAGGCAAAACGGACCGCUGGAGGGAGUCCAUAGCUAUUUUAGAGACCAUGAGGAAAGGGGGGUCUGUUUCUGCCCGGAACUAUGCGGACUGUGUCAAGGCAGCUAUUGGACACCAAGAACGUGCACUUGCAUUCACACUGUACGAUGAAAUGGUACAGAAUAAAAUGCUGCUUCCUGAAGAUGCGCUUCAGAGCCUUUUUGAUGCCUCUCAGGAUUUGCAGGAUGAUGAUUACAGAAGAAGGCUGAUCUCCAUUCUAAGUUACUUUAGAGAAAACCAGAUCUAUCCUGGAGAAGUGCUGAUGAAAAGUAUAAAAUCCUGGUUUGAAAGUAUUCCCAAUGAAUUCUGGAGGGGGAAACUCACCAAAGUCACUAAUGGUGGUCACUGCCAGGCAUGUAAUGAGCAGAUUGAGUCCAUCCAUUUGACACCAGAAGAAUACAGUAUUCUGAAGAAAGCGGUCAUUGAUGGCAUCAUCAAAGGAGAAGAUACAUUUCGCAAGACCACUCCACAAGAGUUGCAGGCAUUUCUUCAAUUUGUGAAUUCCCGGCCCCCAUACGAUAUUGUGGUGGAUGGGCUGAAUGUCGCAUACAAUUCCAAAAAAGGAAUUUUCUCCCAGACCCUCUUGGAUGUGGUGUCUUGCCUAAAAGCAGGGCGAAAACGUAUUCUGGUGCUGGGGAGGAAGCACAUGUUAGUCCACUCAAAGAAGUGGGUAAAGCAGGACAUUCAGCGCUUGCAGGAAUAUGCUGACUGCUUUUUUCUUGACAAUAUAUCAUUAGAUGAUCCUUUCCUCCUUUAUGCGAGUAUAAAUUCUGGCAACCACUGUUGUUUUUUGACCCAAGACCUCCUAAGAGACCACAAGGCUUGUCUGCCUGAUGCUGAAAUACAACGCCUUUUUUUCAAAUGGCAACGCGGACAUCAGCUAGUAAUGCCCUUCUAUUCUCCUGGAAAUGUUCGUCUGCAGCCUGUCCUGAGCUAUGAUACAAUAGUGCAAAGUACAGACACAUCUUACCAUAUUCCGUAUGACAGAACAGAUGUGGUGAGGACUAGCUUUGAAGUACCGAAGACCUGGCUAUGCCUGAAGAAAGAGCAGUAAGACAACCUGUUCUAUACCUGU